AUGAAAUUUUCACUGGGCGGAUUAGUGUCCUUUUUGGUGCUUUGCCUUAUGUUUGCAAAGCAGACAUUAUGUGCAGCAGAUUCGAAUCUUCCAGAAUUGCCAACUGUGACACACAAGGUGUACAUGGAUAUCGUGGAGGGACGUGGCAAGGAUGCGAAGAAGCUUGGGAGAGUUGUGCUUGGACUUUUCGGAGGAGUUGUUCCAAAAACUACAAAGAACUUUUACCAAUUGUGUGCAUCGGAUGAUCCAAACUUUGGAUACAAGGACUCAACGUUCCACAGAGUGAUCAAGAACUUCAUGAUUCAAGGCGGUGACUUCACGAAGGGUGAUGGGACAGGUGGCAAGUCGAUUUACGGCAGCAAAUUCGAGGAUGAGAACUUCAAAGUUGCAUUAGACAGACCAGGUCUUUUGGCCAUGGCUAAUGCAGGCCCAGACACCAAUGGAUCGCAGUUUUUCAUCACUACUGUGUCGACUCCAUGGCUUACGGGAAGACACGUUGCGUUUGGCCGGGUUUUGGAAGGUUACGAAGUUGUUGAGAAGAUUGAGAAUGCAAAGACAGGAUUUGGCGACAAACCGAGAAAGCCAAUCAUUGUUGCGGAAUGUGGUGUCAUUGAUGAUGCUGCCGAGACAACUGCUGAGGUUAAGGACGAGUUGUGA